AUGUUCAGCAGGUUAAAGAAGUUGAUCGGGGCUCCUGAGCCUCCCUCUUCCCAGGCAGCCCCUUCUCCUCCUCCCAGCACAGCUGCACCUGCAAAGGAGGAGAAAGCUCCUGAAAAAAAGGAUGAGAAAGAACCUCCAAAGAAGGAGGAGGAGAAGAAAGAGGAGGUGAAGAAGGAGGAGGAGCCCAAAAAGGAGGAGCCAAAACCAGCCCCAGCUCCGGCUCCAGCCCCAGCUCCGACUCAAGCCCCGGCCCCAGCUCCGGCCCCGGCCCCAGCUCCUGCAGCUGCUCCUGGGGCAACUGCUCCUAUUCCAGAGGGGGAUGAAGGUGAAGAACCUCCACCCCCACCUGUGGUCUACUUCAGAAAUACAGAUGACACCCUCAGAGGUCUGAUCAAUAAAUUAAGAGAGAGAACAGAGUUACUAAGAGAGAAAGCCAUCGACCCCUACGCCACCUCACCUGAGAUCAGCCCACCUGUCACUCCGAUCCUGAAGAAGGAGGACUACAUAAGGAAAAAGGAGGAGGAAAGGAUAGCCAAAGAGGAGGCAGACAAAAAGAAGGCUGAAGAAGCAGCGAAGAAGGCGGAGGAGAAGAAGAAAAAAGAUGAGGAGAAGAGGCUGGAGGCUGAGAAGAAGGCAGAGGAGGAGAGACUGGCUGAGGAGGCCAGGAGGAAGGCCAAGAUACUCCCAGACAUCAGCUGCUCCUGCUUCGACGUCCUCUUCCGUCCCAUCGAGGAGAAGAUGGACGGCGUGCUGGGAACCACCAUCGACCCUUUCACAGACCGGCGGUACAUCGGCUGGCUGACGGUGGUGGCGUUGGCCUACAACUAUAACAUGUGGUUCUGUUCAGCUCGGCUCGCCUUCCCAUACCACAGCGAAUACACUAACCCCUACUGGGUUGUGUGUGACAUCAUCAGUGACAUCGUCAACGUCAUUGACAUCAUCGUUUGGCAGCCGAGGCUCCAGUUCGUCAAAGCGGGAGAUAUUAUAAAAGACAGAGCUAUGGCCAAAUCUCACUAUCGAAAAUCACAAAGAUUUAAGAUCGAUAUUUUCAGCAUCAUCCCGUUUGAUCUCCUCUGUCUCUACUUUCAAUUCUCUUCCAUCUACAGACUCAACCGCUUCAUACGGAUCCACUCUUUCUUUGAGUUCAGCGAUCGUCUGGAGAGCAUCAUGGCCAAGGCCUACAUAUGGAGGGUUGCUCGUACCACUGGUUACCUGCUCUAUAUGCUACACCUGAACGCCUGUGCGUAUUUUGUGGCCUCGGUGCAUCAAGGUCUGAAUACUACCACAUGGGUUUAUAGCGGAGACGGGACAGCGUAUAUUCGUUGUUACUACUUUGCAGUCCGUAGUCUGAUCAACAUCGGGGGUCUACCUGAGCCUAUCACAACCUUUGAGAUCACCUUUCAGAUGUUAAACUUCUUCAUUGGUGUUUUUGUCUUCUCAAGUCUCAUUGGCCAGAUGAGAGACGUCAUCGGAGCGGCCACAGCAGGUCAGACUUAUUUCCGGGCGUCAAUGGACGGCUGUGUGAACUACAUGAACACCUACACCAUCCCAAAGUAUGUCCAGAACAGAGUCCGUACCUGGUACAACUACACCUGGGAUGCCCAGGGCAUGCUGGAUGAAUCAGAGCUGCUCGAUAAAAUGCCUCUCGUGAUGAAGACUGCCAUCGCUGUGGACAUCAACCUCGCCACUUUCCAGAAGAUCGCCCUGUUUCAGGGCUGUGACCAGCAGAUGUUGGUGGACAUGCUGCUGAGGCUCAAAUCCAUCAUCUAUCUACCUGGAGACUUUGUGGUCAAGAAGGGAGACAUCGGUAAAGAGAUGUACAUCAUAAAAAGUGGAGCGGUUCAGGUGGUAGGAGGACCUGAUAACAGCAUCGUGUUCGUCACUCUGAAGGCCGGCUGUGUGUUUGGAGAAAUCAGUCUGCUGCAGUCAGCCAAAGAUGGAGGAAACAGGCGUACGGCUAACGUGAAAGCACAUGGCUUCGCUAACCUCUUCGUCCUGGAGAAGAAGGACCUGUUUGACAUCCUGGUCCACUACCCCGAGUCUCAGAAAGUCCUGGCCAGGAAGGGACGGAAGCUGACCAAAGCUAAAGCUCCAGCUGGAGCUAAAGCGGAGGAGAAACCUAAAGGUCUGGCUCUGUUUGGACGAAAACCUCCAACACCGAAACUGCUCAAAGCGUUUGGAAACUUCCGGAAAGGAUCAGUCAUGGACAGACUGAAGGUAGAGGAUCACUUUCUCAGGCAGAGGGGAACAUUAAAGGUUUUUAUUCUAUUUAAACAAGAUUAUAAUUAGUUUUUUUUUCUUCUGUUCACAACAGG